AAAUCAGGACACAAAUGGUCAAACAGUACACCAACCCCAAACCCCUAGCAGAGUUGAACCCUAGGGCUUGCACCUCACUACUAUGUCUAUAUAUUUCCAAGAAUCCUAACCCUAACUCCAGAACCAUCCCAAAUCAGAAGGAUGGAGCUGUGCGCAGCUCGAGGCAUCUCGAAUGCUCAUGUAAGCCGGCAGAAGUAUGUCGCUUCGAAGCACAUUCAGUCCCUUCUCUACUCCAAAAGAGAGUUCCCUUUCUUCGUUAAGCAGAGUCGGUUUGACUCUGGCCUGAGAUACCAUGUAAAUUCAUUUCUGAGGUCGACUGCAUCUCAGGAAACCUCUUGUGAGACAACUCCACACGACACAGAUGUACAUGAACCUGAACCUGAUCCUGUGACAGCGGUGGAAGACAUAAGCCCUGAUGACAGGAAAGAAGCUUUUGAUAUUCAACUAAAUGAAGGGUCAGAAGGAGGUUUUGAUAAUUUCUUCCAAUUGUUUAAGUUCUUGGAGGACAUUGAUAUAAAGUUUGAUUAUGAGGAAGCAUACACAGUUUUUGUGUACGGUGGCGGCGGCACAGUAGCAGUUUGGUUAGCAGCUGCUGUAGUUGGUGCAAUUGAUUCUAUUCCAGUGUUACCGAAAGUGUUGGAACUUGUUGGCCUUGGCUACAUGCUCUGGUUCACAUCUCGCUAUCUAAUUUUCAAGCGAAAUAGGGAUGAGUUAGUUGCUAGAAUUGAACAGAUCAAGCAGCAGGUACUUGGAUCGAACGACGAUUAAUGCUGAAAUGUUUCAGAUGUUUCAAUCUGAAUUAUCUGGAUAUCUAGUACUGCUCUAUUUUCUAUGUUCAGUGAAAGACCUCGCAUCUGUGAAAAAAAUAGGUCUUCGGACACAUAAUAAUGGGGUAGAUACUUGAUUAGACAAUGGAUCUUUUCCUGUAUAAAAUAUAUGUUACAUGCAUGCAGUGGAACUUAUGGGUAUAACCAUCAGCAUAAUUACAUGCUCCUAUGAGGUCUUCAUGGUUCGAUGUAA